AUGUCUCGAGUCCCAUCCGUCAUCCAAGCGCCCACACCGGCCCAUGUCCAGACAUACUACUGCACCCACACCAGGUCAAACCGAUCAAACAUCGAGGCAACUGUGAGACGGCUACUUGGUGACUCGGCUGACCAGCCGCUCCGUCGACUGCCUGAGCAUGGCGAUUUGGCCAUUCCGCGCCCCCAUAGAUCGGGUGGUCCCAAGUUCUGGGUGGUCAGGAUCUCCGGUCAGCUAUCACAGGGAGAUCAGGAUACCAUACUUGAAGCCGCCAGGAAAAGUGAGAGCGCUGGGUGUCAAGCUUUCAUCAAAGGUACCGAGCGUACCACUGGACUGAGCCCGCAUCAUCUUGGUGUCUUCUUCCGUGCCUCCGAGAUCCAUACACCCUGGGUCACCAAUGACACACUACAACCACAUUCGAACAAACGGGUCGCAGCAGCGAGAAGGCAAUGUAUGCUGGGACUAUGCUUGGCCAUAGAUGCUGUCGUCAAGGAGAAGGUUCAAGCCAGGCUCGACCAGGUGGAUCGUAAGACCUGCCUGGCACAUAAAGCCAGCAACGACCGUUUCAGGUCUGCCGUUGACCAAGGAAAGCUCGAUCUCCGUGGAUUGUCCCCUUCCGACUUUCAAGAUGUCCAGGUUGACCAUGUAGCCGAUUUCUUCCGCUUCGGUCAGCUGGCUACCUGCUCUGCGAUCACCCAAGGUCAAUCAGAGAAGCUGCACAUGGAUAACCAUGAUGACCGUCGUCUAUACACCACACUCCUCGUCUUGGGUCGGGAGAACUUAGACUGGGAUCACACAGAUGGUAGGGGUGAUCUCUUGCUUCCCACGUUAGGACUCGCUUUACCCGUCUUUCCCGGUGAUGUUGUGUUCUUCCAGCCAGGGCUCCUACCUCAUCGAGUGGUGGCUCUCAAGCCAGAAGAUGCCAAGAAACGAGUGGUGAUCACCAUGUUCACCUGCGAGCCUACAACGGAUUACUUGGACAUGCAAGGAAUCAUGUUACCCCGUGCUAAGAGGUCCUGGAAGCCGAGGUCAGGGCAGGAUACUUGUCCCAAAUGUGAUAAGACCUACAAGGAUCUCCUCGAUCACAUCAAGAAGAAACACGGUGAGGACAGGUUCACUGCAGAGGAGAUGGCAGAGACGGGCUUAUGGGUGUGCUCCUGCGGAAAGGUGACAGCUAGUGAGAGAGGGUUAUCCUACCACCGUAAACGAUACCCCAGUCAUCAUGUGUAA